AUGACAAUGUCUAGUCCAGCCUGUCCAGGAGCCUCCCAUUUCCUUACUUUCGGAAGCACCCUGUGGCCUGGCAUAUUCUUGUUUACAGUAGUUGUUGGACCAGACAGGUCUCAAAUUGAUGAUGUUUUUGGAUUAACAGUGGUAAAGCUCCCUGACACUAUCUAUGCGGCCUGUUUCUCUGCACUGCCUGGCUCACAAAUCACGCAGUUGCAGCAGAGCAGGCAUAUGGAUCCGAAUGGAACAGCAACACAGUCAACAUCCAGCGCAGGUGCAGAGGUUGACAUCAGGCAGGAAACAGCAUUGUUUUUGUGCGAUUUCGGUAGUUUUAUUGCCUGGUAUGACUACAGUUGA